CGGCCCCUGCGCCGCGCCCGGGCCGCGCUGCGGCGGCGGCGGGAGAGGCCGCAGCCAUGCGGAGGGUCAACAGCAGCCUGUCCAGCGAUGAGCUCCUCCUGGAAGACUUGGAGACAGAAGGAGAGAGGCAGCUGAAGAGCCUCCUUCACCAGCAGCUCGAUACCACGGUCUCCAUUGAGCAAUGCAAGUCAAAGCGAAGAUGCUUCGCCCCUGCAGCCUUUUACAAGCCUUUUGGGGAGGAGGCUGCAGGAGCUCUGAGCCUGUCUCAGUUCCAGGCCCUGCAGGAGACCGACAGACAGACGGCGUCUCUCCGGGAGCUGGGGCUGUCAGACGCAGAGAUCCUGCUCUGGAAGAACCGGGACUCAGCAGGGAAGGGCUCUGGGCUGGGAGCUGCCCCAGAGGCCACCCAGGACCGACUCCAGGCCAUCCAGGAGAAGAUGGAAGAACGUCAGCGCAUCCUGGCUCUACCCCAGAGGUUUGCUGGCAGCAAGCAGCUGAGCAGGAGGGAGAUGGAGAUUGAAAAUGCCCUCUUCCAGGGAACAGACCGCCACUCCUUCCUCAGGGCGCUCUACCACGAAGAUGACACUCAGAAGAGGGUAACAGAUGAAAGGGAUCCCAUGGUUCACCUGGAGAGUGUUUACCAAGAGCUGCUGAGCAAGAAGUUACCUGAAGACCAGCCUACCAAGAGUGACCCAUGCUUGUGCCCUUCCCUGGCCCCACAGGGGCCUGUGGCUGAGGAGUCAUCACUUCCAGAGCAGGAAGAGCAGACAGCACAGCCAAGAAGUCCCAGCCUUCCUGCAGCAAAGCCCCACCAGCCCCCUCCAAAGCACGUGGUUAUCGAGGAGCCUGUGGAGUUUGUCCCAGAAGAGGAGAUUUGCAAGAACCGUCUGUCAGAGGAGGAGCUCCGGAGCAUUCCCAGGUUCUCAUCCUACCAGCCUGGGGAGCCCAGCAAGGUGCUGUACUUGAAGAACCUGGGCCCUGGGGUGAGGGUGAAGGACCUCGUGUCCUUGUUUGCUCGGUUCCAGAGGGACGACAGCCCGCCCAUCCAGUUCCGCCUGCUGAGCGGCCGCAUGAGGGGCCAGGCCUUCCUCACCUUCCCUGACGUGCAGUCAGCACAGGCUGCCCUGCUGCUGGGGAAUGGCUACAACCUGCAGGGGAAGCCACUGGUCAUUCACUUUGGGAAGAGCAAAGGGCAUUUGUCAGAGGCUGACUCUGCCAUCCCCUGCUCAUCUGCUGGAGAGAAGCCUCUUGCCACCUAAGGGAUGGAGUACUGGGAGCCUCCUGGAUUUGCAUGGGCCGUGGGAAUUCCCUGGCUGCAACUGGGACUGUUGGGAGUUACCAUGCAUCUCUAAGAAGGGAAGAGGGAGAGCUGGGCACUGAGCUCUUCCUUGAGAGAGAUGGGCACCCUCCUUACACUGCUGGAGUGUACUGGCUGUUUCCUCCUGUCCCACGUGUGUCUCUGCCUUCUCAACCUGUGGUGGUGAGGAGGGAGGGGAGGGGUGAUGUAAAUACAUGUAUUUAUUGUGGUA